UGUAAAAACAGGCCUGGCUAUGCGUAAAAUGGCAUCAUGGAAAGGCAUCGGCCCUCUCAACCGUCCACCUCUUAGCGUGCGGCUUGUGUCAUUUAGGAAGAGAAUAAAUCCUCAAAGUUCUCCAGACUUAGGGGUUAAAACCUCAUCUUCACUUCAAAGAUGUUACUUGCGAAGCAGUAGCUAUGCACAAACAAAUACAUUUAGAAGCGGAUUCAGAAUGGACCAACAGAGAGAAGCCAGGCAGGCAAUAUUCCUCUCCAGACGAGGCUUAAAGAAUGGGUUUGAGCCGCACUUGGUUUUUGAGGUUGACAGUAACACCAAUACCAUUAAAAGGAGAUCAGGAAACCACAUGCAGAGUGAUGAGAGAUUGUCUGUUUCAUCUGUAUCACCUGCUUCUCAAACAGUGCACCUAUCCUCGCCAGCUUCUUCCAAUUCUUGCCGAUACCCCUCACGCCCUGAAAGCUUCUUAUUCAGAGCUGCAAUACGAGAAGAUGUUAAGAGAGGUAGCACACCUCCUCCUGCCUUCUCUUCCAGUGAGUCUACAACUGUAAGAACUGAACAGAAGUCUAAAGUGAGACAAGAGGAGAGGGAAGGGACAGAACAGCUUAGAAAGCAUACAAUCCUCAAUUCACAAGAAGGGCUGGAUUUAUUGUCCCAUCUCCGACUGAACAAAACACCACCUACUUCUCCAAAAUCUCUAUCCCCAUCGAAAAGCAACGAUGACCGUCCCAUUUCUCCUUUGUGGCACAAAAGCCCCAUACACACCGGCUGACGGCCUCUUCUCUCCCGGGUAACUAAUACCACUGUUUAUUCUGGGGAUUAUCCGGAUGGAAAUCCCCCCCCACUUGAAGGUCUUUACCGCCCUAGACGGUCGAAUACAAGACCCUUCCCAUGAUUGAUGAUUCAUCAAUACUUUAUUUCAUGAAAGUUAAAUUGCAUAUAGACUUUUGUUUUAUGUUUAUUGUUUACUGUUUUUUCAAUGCCUUAAAAAACUGUCAUGCAUGUGUAGAGGUACUGAGAUAUACUAUUCCUGGCUCACAGCCUAUUAAAGGGUUCAGAAAUAUUAACAAUAGCUCAAUAACUAAUAUGAACAAUGGAACUAUUAUGUGUUACCCAUAACGUAAAGGGCCUAAAUUCCCCUUCCAAAAGAUCUAUGGCCUUCAGACAUUAUAAUCAGAUAGGAGCUGACAUAGUGUUUCUACAGGAGACUCACUUCUCUAGAACCUCCACUCCUAAAUAUUUCCAUCAUGCUUAUCGUAAUGUCUACCUAGCAACUUCUCAUAAAAAACAAAAAGGGGUGGCCAUAUGUAUCCAUAAAAGGGUUAACUUUCUUCUCCAGGACACUAAAGCGGACCCCGAAGGGCGCUUCCUGAUACUUAAUGGUCUAUUACAAGACACUCUUGUCACUUUGGCAGUAGUAUAUGGCCCGAACGACAAUCAACCCUCCUUCUAUAAAACCUUUUUUGCCACCCUUGAAGAACGCAGCAGAGGUCCCACCGUAAUAGGAGGAGACUUUAACGAAGUGCUCAACCCCCACAUAGAUAGGCAAACUAACGCACCACGAGCCCAAAAUAAAAGAUCCCAUGGCCCCCAUUAUUUUGCUAAAUUAUUGGAAAAAUACGGAUAUAUAGAUAGCUGGAGAGAAUGCAACCCUCAGCGUACAGAUUUUUCUUUUUUCUCCCCUCCACAUAAUUCUUUUUCCAGAAUAGAUAUGAUUUUGAUUCAACAACACUUAACCCCACUGAUAAUACAUUCCCGAAUUCGUUCUUGCUCUUGGUCUGACCACUCAUUGGUACUGAUGCACCUCUCCAACCUAAUUAAUAAGCCACAUUCUUACAACUGGAGAAUGGAUGACAAUAUGCUCUCCGAUCCCCAAAUAACUAAGUCUGUGGAACUAGAACUAAAACAAUAUUUUGCAAUCAAUGACACCCCAGAUGUUACCAGUCCCACCUUAUGGUCAGCCCAUAAAGCAUAUAUCAGAGGCAUCCUUAUACAAACCAAAGCAAGAUUAAUGAAAGCAAAAUCAGAAACCUUAAA